AUGGAAGGAAGAUCCACCCCGCGUCGCGUCGCUGUACAUAUGCCAAAGAAAGAUGUAUUGACAUUCGACAUCUGGCAUUUGGUUUUCAAAGAGAUUUGGAUCGAAGCUACAACUAUAGGCAAUUACUGGAAAACAGAUUGUAUUGAAGAUGAUCUGCGAUUAUGGCUCCAAAAUCUGCGCACUGUCUCUAAAGAUUUUAACAAAAUUAUAACGCCACAUGUACACCACACGGUUCGAAUAUCUGAAUCACAUAUAAUUCGGGAUGAUCCAGAGAACAUCUACCGGUUAUUCAAGGCCAAUGUUUUGUUGUUCUCGAACAAGAUCAUUCUCACACCAAGCAGAAAUGUUUUAGUCUUGUCAGAGAUGGUUCAAAUUGUCUCAGCCUCAAGAAAAUUGGUCACUACCAGAUGGGACUUGAAGGGGAAUGACAUAAAUGCCAUGUCUAGAUGCAUCUCCAACUCUCUUCAAGAGAUAAUGAAAAGAGCUGUCCACUGUUCUAUCGACUACAGAGAUAAGUGUUUUUACAUCGAAGAAGUUGGCCAGAAUGGAAUCCCGAUAGAACGAAAAUCCUCCUAUACCAAUUCGCAGCUCGCGCAACAAAUACUACCAAGUACAUCAAUUUCAGAGACGGGGGAGGAAGAAUCUUCGACGAUACAAACUCUCACGCUGAAAGAUGCCUGUCUUAACUGGGAAUCUGAAAGCAAGAAGAUUCUCUACAAUCCUAUGUUCCAACGAAUUUUGCCGAUGACCGAGCUAAGCUUAACUGUCGAGGGAAGCGAUCUCUAUUGCUUCUUGAAAACGAUCCCUGCCGAGGACUUGAAGGAUCUCUAUACUUUCGAGAUAGUUAGCGACGAACACAAUUGGGACAUUCAAGGCUCUAAAGCUCCUUUAGUGAAGCUCUUCGGCAAAUUUGAACGACUUGAGAAUCUAAAGUUCAAUCAUGAACGUUGGCAAGAGCUUCUACCGCCAUCAUCAAUAUGUCGUCUUGGUGCUAAUCUCAAAAGGCUCGAACUGCGAGACAUGACUUGGCAAGAUGUGCCUCUAACGGUACAAGAGUUAGAUCAUAUUCGAGUGCAUUGCCCUGACUUACUCUUUCUCGCUGUGAACUGGGCAUCUGAUAGUGGCGAAAAACAGAACUUUCUCGAAAUUUUAUGCCGUUUUGAGCAUGUGUGUGAGCUUGUCUUAGUUACUAGCAACGGGGUGCAACUUUCGAAUUCCAAUCAGCGAAGCACUGAUCCGGAUGACGACGGCGCAACGAUCAUCUUUGACUUUAUGCGCAAGAACAAAUAUGGGAUCCCAAUCACUUCAUGCAUGGUUGAAGUAGAGAGAGCUUUACAUGUAAGGGCCACGGGAGAAUAUGAGGAUGGCUUUAUGUUGGAUGGCAUACGAGUUUUCAAAUUUUCCGUCAGAGCGAGCGGGCAUACCGAACGUUCAGGAGACGUGAGAUUUGAUACUUUCGCAGUCAGUGGAGAUGGUGAGGACGGAGACAACUUGGCGAAUGAAGAAGACUUGGAUGAGGACAUGGAUGGUGUAGAGGGUGACGAGUCAGAAGCGGAUGAAACUGAAGGUGAUGAAGAGGACAGCGAUGAAGAGGACGAGGACGCCGUAGACAGCAUUAACUUCUAA